UGCUGCGUAGAGGCGAGGAGAAGCUUGUUCACGGUGACGGGCGGCGCAAACUGAACCAUAAUGGAGAACCAACUGUGUAAGCUCUUUGUCGGCGGGCUGAACGUCCAGACCACGGACGACGGCCUCCGCAAGCACUUCGAGCAGUACGGGCAGCUGACCGACUGCGUGGUGGUGCAGAACCAGCAGCUCAAGCGCUCCCGCUGCUUCGGCUUCGUCACCUACUCGACCCCCGAGGAGGCCGACGCCGCCAUGGCGGCCAGGCCGCACGUCCUGGACGGCAACAACGUGGAGCUGAAGAGGGCCGUGGCGCGGGAGGACGCCGGCAAGCCCGAGGCCCUGGCCAAGGUGAAGAAGAUCUUCAUCGGGGGGCUGAAAGACGACGUGGAGGACGAGCACCUGUCCAGCUACUUCUCGCAGUUCGGCGCCAUCGAGAAGGCCGAGGUGAUCACCGACAAGCAGACCGGCAAGAAGCGGGGCUUCGGCUUUGUCUACUUCGAGGACAACGACUCGGCGGACAAGGCCGUGGUGCUGAAGUACCACACCAUCAACGGGCACAAGGUGGAGGUGAAGAAGGCCCUGUCCAAGCAGGAGAUGCACUGGUAA